AUGUCUUCUUCCAUAGCACCAUUUAUCUGCAAAUGGACCGAUUCUCAUUCUAAACCACCGUGCUUUUACACUCAGAAGGGACUCGAGCUUCACGUCUACAAUGAUCACAAGGAUUUGGCCAAUUUAAGAGUGUUUCAUCAAGGACGCCAAUUUUAUCAAUGUCCGUGGGAAAAUUGUGAAAGGCGACAGAAUGAUAUUUCUCAAUUAAAAGAACAUUUGCGUGAACACACUCAACAGAUGCCAUUUAAGUGCCCAAUUUGCAAUAGUUCUCGAUUUGGAUCCUUUGGUAAACUAGAACGACACCUGGUUUUUAUCCAUCGUGACAGAGUUAUUGACUUUACAGCCACAAAUGAUAUGACGAAAAAGGAAAAAGGCGAUACUUUUGAGGAUGAAGAUGACGAUUAUGUUAUAUGUAAAGCGCUUGCUGAACAAUGCGAUUCGAAAUUUAUUAAAGAACAAAAAGCAUUUUAUGGACUUGAAGAUCUUGAUCUUUAA